AUGGUGGAUGUUCCGUCUAAUGCGAGGAGGGUGUCCUCGCAAAAGCGCGGCCGUGGUGGCGGUGCACCACGUCGGCCCGCUGACCGUAGGUCCAAAGAACCUGCGGCUGCUCCGUCUGGAAAGGCUGCGCCUGUUCAGCCACCUGCGCCCGCUGUGGAGCGCUCGGAUAGCGCACCCGCGCCGACUUCGCUACCGGCCGCUGGAACUGGAAUCACUACGGAGUGCUUCAACAACCUGCUGUCCAACUUCACGCAGGCGCUGACCGCAUCCACCCCGCAGGCGGCAGUGGGAGACGGUCAGCAGACUCAGCUUCUGUGCGAGAUGGGAAAGCUGUUUCUGUCCAGCAUGAUGACGUUCAACCAGAUAAUGCAGAACCAUGCUGCUUCGUCCCUAGUGACCCCGCAGGCCGCUGCGCCCGCAAGCACCGAGCCGGCGGUUAUCCCUGGUGGUGAGGUUCCGGAGUCAUCCGCUGCGUCGUCAACGGCUGGCGCUUUCAAGAAGCAGGAACCUCGUGUCGCAGGCAAAGGCGCGACCCGCCCGCAGAGGACGAAUGCAAAGCCCUCCGUAAAGCCGGCGCGCCGCGAUUCGGAAUCCAGCGGCACUGCUAAAGCCACCAAAACAGGCGUGGACGGAUCCGAAGCGGAGGUGUCAGGCGAUGCAACCCACCCUUCAGUGGACGCUACAUCCGGCAAUGCAGCAUCUGUCGAUGGACAAAAGCCACACCGGAAGGAACAGUCAUCCCGGCAGGGCGACAGCCGUCGGAGGGGCGACGCGACUCACCCGUGCGACAAGGCUCAGCAUCCCGUUCCGCACAAUAAACGCGCCGACGCCCUGUCUGGCGGCGAUUCUAAACGCCCGUACGGAGCGCAGAAGGGCAACAGGCCCUCCGGAAAGCGGGACGACACCUCUACGCGUUAUGGGUCGCACGCAGCCGGCAAAAAUGUUGGACGUCGAGUUGGGCGUGCGGAUGGAAACAAACACAUGAGCGUUGCGACUGCAGUGCAAUCGCCAUCUGCUGUGGUAGCGGCUACUGAUCAGGAGACCCCCAAGGUGGAUUUCAACACCGCGCCCACGCCGAUCAACGUCAUCGAGGGAGCUGAGGGGGCCUACUUGGACGGUUUGGUCUCGGCUGAAGAGCAACUGAACUUCAGCAUUUACCGUUUCGUCGACAGCUGCACCAACGCCAACGCAGCAGCCACUGAGCGCAAGGUCACGGUUGGCGUUGAGAACCCCGCCGGGUGGGUGGGGGAGCAGCCGGCCCGCGAGUGCACCACGCUGACGCAAACGACUGAUGGCACCUGUUCCGACGCCUUCCCGUCCGGUGCAGUUCCCAACAGCAUCGCUGAGUUCAUGAGGGCCGCGUUCAUGGGCGAUUUGGAGCAGCUGAAAAUGCAGAAGGAUGUUGACGUCAGCCACGUGGACGACGUCGGCCGCAGUGCGCUGCAUUACGCCAGUGCCGCCGGCUCGUCGGCGUGUGUGGAAUACCUUUUGGCGAGUGGCGUCGACGUGAAUCUGGCCGACCGCAAGGGUUGGACUGCGAUCCACAUCGCGGUGUCAAAGAACUUCACCGACGUUGCGAAAAUUCUUGUCGAUGCCGGCGCCAACAUCUUCACGCUGCUGAAGCACAAGUGCGCUCCGGUUCGGCUGAUGGACGUGUACUCGCCGGCCAUACACUUCGCUGCCAUCAAAGGCAACAAGGAAAUAACGCAGUUACUGCUUGACCACGGCGCGACGCUGAACGACCUGGAUUCGGCUAACAUGACGCCGCUGCAUUACGCCGCUUUCAGGGCCAACACGGACUACCUGCGCUUCGUGCUUGACAACGGGGCAGUUGUCAACGUGCGCGACGUCAACGGGCGGUCUCCGUUCCACGCUGCGGCGCUCUCUGGGCUGGUUGAAAACGUGAAGCUUAUGGUUGAGCGCCAGCCGUUUUUGAAUGAGGAGGAUAUCUGGUCCCUGACUCCGUACAAACUUGCCGAACUGCGUAAGCACGCGGACUUCGUGACCUACCUCCGGGAGACGUUGCACGUGUCCGAGGAGGACCCGGAUGACAUCAACCGCGUGCUCGCGUCGACCAUUGCUGUGGCGCUGCAGGAGCCGAAUGCCGACCAGAUUUACCGCUGCGUGACGCGCAUCGGCGCGGACCUUUCCAAAACCGUGUUCGAUCUGACUAUGCAGAUUGAACGCAACGGCGGCGUGCUGACGGCCGACGGCAGCCGGAAACGCACCAGCGGCGGUAUAUUCUUCACGUGUCUGCGGGAGUUGUACCUCAACGACAUUAUCUCGAAGGAUGAUUACAACUAUAUCAGAGCGGCGGAAAACGAAAAGCGGAUCGCUAACGCGAAAGAUCGCCGCAACCUACUCAAAGCGCGUACAUAA